AGAUGUCUAGAUCUGUACAAGUGUUUGGCCGCAAGAAAACGGCUACUGCUGUAGCUUACUGCAAAGAGGGUCGCGGAAGUAUCAAAGUAAAUGGUGCACCCUUAGAAUUAGUCCAACCCGAGACUUUACGAUACAAGGUUUUAGAGCCAAUUUUACUUCUUGGCAAAGAUAAAUUCGCUGGUGUAGAUAUCAGAGUUCGGGUUCGUGGUGGUGGUGCUACCGCUCAGUUAUACGCUAUCCGACAAGCUAUUUCCAAAUCGUUGGUAGCUUACUAUCAAAAAUACGUAGAUGAAGCCAGUAAGAAAGAAAUUCGGGAUAUUUUAAUCCAGUACGACCGUACGCUAUUGGUAGCUGAUCCUCGACGUACUGAGCCUAAGAAGUUUGGAGGUCCAGGUGCUAGAGCUCGCUACCAGAAAUCAUACCGAUAAAGUGGCACACACUUGGAAUAUCUUCUGUAUAGUAGUAAUCUACUUCUUAGAUUGGUCUUCUUCAACGUAUUAAUAUACAAAAUAUACAAAUAAAAAAAUUUCUGU